AUGGCCGACGUAGCUCCCCAAUUGAAACGGAAGAGAGAGGAGGCAGCGGCACAGAAAAAGGCGAAGAAGCAGAGGAAAGACGAAGCGGCGGCCGCGCUCAAGGACAGUCGCAAUGGCGAAUCUACAGUCUCCGCGGCUGAUUCGACACCCAAAUCUAAGGAUACGCCUACCACAAAGAAGCAAUCGAAAUCGGCGCCCCAGACGAAUGGUGUGGACAAAGACGCUGUCAUUGGUACUCCCACGAAUGCGCAGAAAGCCAAGAAGUCGCAAGCACAGCAGAAUGGGUCUGUUGACCCGAGUGAAGCACAGGCUGCAAGCGCAACGGUCAACGGAGAUGCUGGCGAAGUAGUGCAAGUCGAGGACGAGAAGACAGACGGUGUAUCCAAUGUGGUGGACAAUGCAGAGCGAAAGAAGGCCAAGAAGGAGAGGAAAGAGAAGAACAAGGCAGAGCGCAGCAACCUAAUCACGACCGAAGCAUCCGGAAUAGUGAGGAAGAAGAAGGGCAAAAAUUCUGAAACAUGGGUCACCUCUCCGGCUCAAGGAGGAUGGUACUUGCCAACGGAUCCUGUAUUCUCCACAGAUGAAAAGUAUCUGAUUAUCGCGGACCCCAAAUCGCUGCGCAUCUAUGCCGCAGAUACAUCCCUGCUUGUCCACGCGCUCUCCGAAGACGAUACUAGAGUACUCACAGCUUAUGCUCUGUCGGCUGUGGCUCCUCACCUGGUCUAUGUUGCCUACUCAUCCGGACAAAUCAUAAUGUGGGACUGGGUAACAGGAAGAAAGACUGGGCAAUGGCAUAUCGGCGCUACAGUUCAAAGCAUGGCCGUUGUUGCACAGCCCGAGUCUGAUGAGGAUCUGGUGUACUGCCAUGAAGCCGACGACGGCCACAGCCUCACGAUCCGCGUCCUCCGCUCCAACCGCUCAAGUUCGAACAAGGAACUCAAAGCGGAGCUCAAGCAGAUACUGAACACGAGCUCUGCCAUUCGCGGUGUUCAGGUGCUUCUGCAGGGCAAGUAUGUUGUCGUCGCAACAACCGAUUCUCUCAUUGUCGGCAAGCGCGUAAAGAUUACCAAGACAGCGCUCCACGAAUUUGAAUAUGUCUGGCGUGAGCUGAAGUUUUCGAAGCAUAUCACUACCUUCAACGUCUACCACCGCGAGCAGGAAACCACCAACGGAAAGAAGGUUGCUCAGGAUCAAAGAGACAUCCUGGACAUUGCGGUUGGUGAAGAGACUGGUCUCAUCCUGUUGUUUGAAGACAUUCUCACCUCGUUUGCUGCGAUUGAAAGCGCCCAGAAGAGCAAAAAGGAGAGGACGGAUACUGCUGAGAGCCUCAGGCCCAAGCGACUUCACUGGCACAGAGACGCACUGGGAUCCAUCAAGUGGUCAUUAGACGGCAAUUACCUCAUCUCUGGUGGUGAUGAGACUGUUCUCACAAUCUGGCAGCUUGCUACAGGGCAACCGCAGCACCUCCCCCACUUGUCGGCAGCCAUUGAGAACAUUGUAGUUUCUCCUACAGGAUCGGCUUAUGCCUUGACACUAGCCAACAACUCUGUCAUUGUUUUGUCAACGACCGAGCUCGAGGCGCGAAGCAACAUUGUUGGCAUCCAAUCUCGACGAAUCGAUCCUGAGCAGAUGCCCAAAGAGACCAAGUCUGGCAAAGCAUAUCUCGGCAUCUUUGAAGCAGUGCCCAUGGCUGUCGACCCAACGAACCCCAACGAAGUGUCAUUCGCAGUGCCUUCAUCGCAGCCUCGUCAAAAGAAGGGAGGAUUCAGAACAGAGCCAUACCUGCAAACAUUCGAUCUUGCGAAUCAGCGUGCCAAGAGUCGACAGGCGCUGACACGCAACAAUGCAACAGAGCCUAAUGUUGCUCCUGACGGCGGCCGGAUCAAAGAGCCCAACGUGACACACAUGCAUAUCAGCCACGACGGAGAAUGGCUUGCGACGAUUGAUGAGUGGGUUCCGCCAAAAUCAGACACUCGGUACCUAAAUGAAGGCGUUCCUGAGUUCAACGAGCAAGAACGCUUGAACCGUCGAGAGGUGUACCUGAAGAUAUGGCGACGCGACAACAGCAGUGGACAGUGGAAGUUGGAAACUCGAAUUGACGCGCCACAUUUCUUCGAAGAUAGAUGUGGUAAUGGCCACGUCUUUGAUCUUGUCGCUGAUCCGUCUGCUGCCGGCUUUGCGACUGUCGGCGAGGACCAUGUUGUAAGGAUAUGGAGACCGAAGACCCGAACACGCGAUGGCGUCAUUGUUCGCGGUGCUCAACAAGAAGGACUGGUCACUUGGUCGCAGGAUCACGCGAUUGAGAUGAGCGACAAGCUCGACCUUAGCGAAGGCUCACAACAAGCGUUACCACCACGCACAUCGCGGCUGGCCUUUUCUGCAGAUGGAUCUGUUCUGGCUGCAUCGAUUUCCUGGGAUUUUGAAGAGGACGCCGGAGUUACGCAUCUGAUUGACGCCAACAACGCGACUAUUCGCCGGUCACUGACCGAGAUAGAUGUGACUGCCCUGUCUGGUCUCGGAUUUGUCGGACAGCACCUGGUAGUAGUUGCAGAUGCUAUUACUGUCUGGGACAUGGUUGCCGACCAGCUUGCGUACACUGCUCCCAUGGAGACUCCUGGUCUUGACCGUCUAGAGCGGGUACCACUGGUUCGGCUUGCUGCCAACGAAGCAGACGGAACGUUUGCCGUUUCGCUGCCCCGGCUUGAAUCAUCCGGUUCCAAGGUCAAGAAGGCAUCAUCCAAGAUCUUCAUCUACAACCCAGAGCACCAGAGAGCAGUAUGGAAAGAGACAUUUUCACCGAUCACUCUGGCUCUAGCAUCUCGAAGGAGCGAGGGCGGCUACAUUGUCCUCGACUCGCGGUCUUGUCUCAAGACCAUUAGCCCAAGCGCUGGUCCCCUGCAACUCCUUACCCCGCCUCCCGAGGAGCAGUCUGCGUCAUCUCGCAUCGCCUACCCAGAAGAGAUGGAAGAAGAUGAAGACGACGAGUCCGACCGACCUCUGGCCAAUCUUGUUGCCUCGGAAGACCUCACGCAGGAUAUUGAGCGCGAUGAGCACGUCUUCAACAUGCAAGACCUGCAGAACGUGCUUCACGACGGCUCUGUUCCCCCACCGCCUCAGGGUCUUUUCAGUAAUAUCCUGGCGUUGAUUGGUGGCAAGUCACAAAAAGUAGCAGCGUAGCAAAAGCUGGAUGACAAUG